CUCGUCAGCAUGAAUGCUCGCCGUCGGGUGCACCUUGCCGGAAAGGCUUGCGCACGAUGUAGAUCGCAGAAGAGGCGAUGCGACAGGGCUACUCCUCAAUGCGGACUAUGUCGGAGACUUCGUCAAGCCUGUCACUAUGAAGGACAGGUGGUAUCAUCUCCAAGCUCGACACCAUCGUCCCCCCUCGAUGCAGAGCUCCACCUUGGAGUGUUGAAUUCUGGCCAUAUCAAAGACGCUAUUGCUACGAAACUCACAUCAGCCCCGAGCGAUAUCUUUGCGACAUACAUCCAAUCCAUCCAUCCUUGGUUCCCUAUUAUCGCACUAACAUUACAGGAUCAGCUCCCGAAAUCCUGGAACGAAGCUUCCCUGGAUUACACGCUCCUCGCCCUUUGUAUUAGUUUGCUUUGCACCUCCCCGCCUCCCUCUUCAGGGGACGGGACUCUGUCUGGUCUACAGUCCACGUACCUACAUAUCAAGAGCUGGAUCGCAGUGAUCGAAGGACUCGGUAUUACCUCGCUCAAGAUCGUCCAAGCAAGGACACUGGUCACCCUACUUGAAGUUGCACAUGGCUUCUACCCGGCAGCGUACAUCUCUAUUGGGACUACUGUCAGAGCUGCCGAUGCACUUAAACUUCAUGAUUACUCACCUCCAUCAUCUUCACCGUCUACUAACGAAGAGUCAGCGAGGGAGGAGGCCGUACUAGUCGGGUGCGCAAUCCGUAUUUUGGACAGAUAUAUAACAGUACAAUCUGGACAUCGUCCACUUCUUACUUGCUCUACCUUAAAGGGCAUUUAUGACCCCAAAAAAGUCCCCUGGCCCACCGGCAUCGACAAAGACACGGGGCAUCCUCUCUGGCAACUCUCCCGUCUGUUCGAGGCGUCCACACUUCUUGAUAACAUUCACAAUGCGUUAAAAAACCCCACUUCAGAACGAACAUUCAACACAGAAGAAAUAAGUCUUUUGGUUGAGACAUCAUGUACCCUCCGCACGCUCUUAAUCGAAGAGGUUGAAGAUGCGGACCAGAUAUACUCCGGUGGGCUAGGACUUUGUCAGACUGGUAUUUUGCUAGCCUAUGAGAACGGUACCAAAGUCCAGAUUACCGAUGCACAAACUCUAACUUGCCAAACACUUGCCACAUCAUCUAUAAAUCCCCUUCUCGCCACCAUAACUGACAUGGUCCACCCCUUUGUUAGUGGUGCACAAGUCUUAGACUUGGAUCGCUUUCCUCCCUUUAUCACAUUUCUUGUGUACAAAGCGGCACGCAUAGUGACAGAGAGGAUAUGGAUGGAAACCGACACCAAUGAGGCCUUGAGAAAGUUACGAAUCCUGAGAGGAUUCUUACAAAUGGUGAACGCAAGGUGGUUAUGUUGCGAGUAUUACCUUGGCCUUCUCAAUGAGGAUACGGCGCCGCGAAUAUUGAAAUCCAUCGAGGGCAGGUAACAAUUUAUCAGCUUAAGAUUCCAGGAGAUAGGCGCCGAAGCAGAUUACAUC